AUGCUUACGAGCUGGACCAAGCUGCACUACCUGAUACAAUCGAAGAGAAAAUCGUUCCCUCUCGAACCUGGCCAGUUCUGGUCAUUUUACGGUGGUAAAGUUAAUUUGCCUCUGUACUACUGCAGGAUUCAGAAGAUCACUCUAACUCAGGAAUUCGAGCAAGGAGCAGUAGUGAAACUGCAUGUAAAUAAGUUAAAGGCUACUCCUUCCCCUGAGAAUGUCAUCCAGUGGGCGGACAAGAAUAUGCCUGUUGGUUGUGGAACUUUCUUGGUGAUGGGAAGUUUCGUACUACUCACUCCAGAUAAUGUUUCACACCAGAUAGUGCCUCAUACCUCCACGAGUGGAAGUGAAUAUACUAUUCUCCCCAAGAAUGGCGAAGUGUGGGCGGUCUACAGAUCCUGGACUCAUCGCCUUAAUGUCUUUGACUUGGAAAUGAACCACUUGGACUAUGACAUUGUGGAAGUUCUUGAUGACGCCUUUGACUAUAAGGUUUUAGCGUUGGAGGCCGUGUUUAUUGAUAGUGAAGAUGAAGAGAAGAAGACAGUCUUUAGAGCAGCUGAGAGGAGGCAUCCUGGUUGUGACGAUGAGGAUGGAUCAGAAGUGAUAUUUACGAUUCCAAAGUCGAAAAUGCUAAGAUUCUCUCAUCAGAUUCCUGCUACCCGCAUAACCAAGGAGAUACAGGGGGCUUUAAAUGAGGUUUUUGAAGUUGAUCGUAGAGCAUUACCUGAAAGCCUGAAUGUGAGACCAUUAAGCAAAGGAAGUAAGAGAAGGCUAGGGAAGGACUCUUUCUUUUGA